AUAAAUAAAAAUAAAAUAAAUAAACUAAAUAGUAAAUAAUAAAAUAAAAAUAUCUAGAAUCUAAUAAUAAUAAUAAUAGAUUCUAUAUAGAAUAUCUAGGUAGAUAAAUAAACUGGUAUUUUAUUUAUUGAUAAAUUACCAGCUAAUCUGGGAUUAGAACCUAGUGCCCGAACAGCCUUACUAAUGUCAACUGAUUAUUUAAUAUCUUUUUAAAUUUUUUAUUAAUAAAAUUAUCUUUGUCGUAGAUGCCAAAAGCAAAACCAAGGUCAAGGAAGACUAGGUCGGAAUUAAGGGAAAAUAAUCAACAAGGUGUCCAGCCCCUGCAUCAGCAGGUCUUGCAGCGUAGGGCACGUCAGUCACCCCCUGAUGUCCAACCACCUGUACAGCCUCCUGUGAUUGAACAGCAACCUGCUGUCCAGCCUUUUUUUGUUGACAUACAACAACCUGUUCAACCACCUGUCAGUCAGUCUCUUGUACAUCAGCCUACAUCAGUAAACUUUCAGCCUCCUGUGAUUGUGCAGCAACCUGCUGUCCAGCCUUUUCUUGUUGACGUACAGCAACCUGUUCAGCAUCAACUUCUCAAUGUACAGCCACCUAUGCACCAGCAUGGACAGCCUCAGCAUGAACAGCCUCAGUCAGUAGAAAGGCGACAGCUUUCAGACGGCCAAAUCGACAAAAUCGAAUGCCAGUUGCCGCAAAAGCCCAGCAGAACACACCAAGGCUUAUGGGACCUCGCUUCAACACCUAUUAAAGUUGAGAGGUUAUCUUUUUGGUUAAAUGAUUAUCCAGAUCAAGACAUCACCAAUUAUCUUUUAAAUGGCUUUCAAAAUGGUUUCAAAUUAAGAUAUACUGGGCCGCGCAUCCCUCUUUUUCUAAAAAAUUUAAAAUCUGCCAUAAUGUACCCAGAAAUAUUUCAAGAAAAGCUAAAUAAAGAACUAAUGUUGGGUCACCUUUAUGGUCCAUUUGAACAUCCACCAUUUUCCAAUUUGAGAAUUAAUCCUUGUGGUUUGGUACCAAAAAAAUCAGGAGGGUGGCGACUUAUCACUCAUUUGUCAUUCCCUCCAUCGUUAAGCAUAAAUGAGUUUAUAGAUCCAGAGUUAACCUCGGUGCAAUAUUCAAAAUUUGACAGUGUUAUAGAAAUGGUACAAGGUCUUGGUAAAGGGGCACUACUCAUGAAAAAAGAUAUAAAGUCAGCGUUCGAUUUACUUCCCGUUUACCCAUCUGAUUUCCCACUAUUGGGUAUUUACAACGAUUUUACAUCGGAGAUCUUAAUUCAGAAAACCAUGCCACAAGGAUGUUCUCUAAGCUGUGCAACCUUUGAAAAGUUUUCAACUUGCUUACAUUGGAUAGUAGCUAACUAUUCCAAGUCCACUAAUAUUGACCAUUAUUUAGAUGAUUUUUUGUUUGCGGCCAUGACAUUACCCGACUUAUCUGCUAUAGUUGAUACUUUUGAUUUUAUUUGUGGUGAUAUUGGGGUGCCACUAAAUGAAGAUAAAACUGUAGGUCCGGUUACAACUAUUGUUUAUCUAGGCUUGGAAAUAGAUUCAGAAAAUGGAAUUAUUAGAAUUCCACAUGAAAAGAUUAUAGCGUUAAUACAUCUGUUGGAAGCAUUUAUGGAUAAAAAGAAAAUUACACUUAAGCAGUUACAAUCAUUAGUUGGCUCUCUUAAUUUCAUCUGCAGAGCCAUUCCUUCUGGUAGAGCAUUCAAUAGACGUUUUUAUAAUGCUAUGUCCCAAGCACGUUUACCCCAUCAUUUCAUAAGAGUCUCUGCUGGAAUGCGCUAUGAUAUGGAAGUAUGGUUUAUGUUUUUAAAAGAUUUUAAUGGUAUUUAUUACUUUAGUGACCUUGAAUGGACCAGUUCAGACAAUCUGGAAUUAUUCACUGAUGCCUGUGGCAAUAAAGAAUGUGGAUGCGGGGCUUAUUUUCAAGGGAAGUGGUGUUUUUUAAAGUGGCCAUCUGAUCUAACACCAGAGGUUUUAAGGGAUAUAACUUAUCUAGAGCUUAUUCCCAUUAUGUUGGCUCUCUCUGUUUGGGGACACCUUUUUCAAAGGAAAAAAAUUCUUUUCAGAACUGAUAAUAAUGCCUUAGUAGCUAUUAUAAAUAAUAGGUCAUCAAAAAAUAACAAGGUCAUGAAUCUGGUACGUCAGCUUGUGCUUUUUACUUUGAGAUACGGUAUUCAGUUCAGAGCUCUGCAUAUUUCGACUUCAAAAAAUGUUAUAACUGACGCAAUCUCUCGUUUACAGUGGAAUCGUCUAGGCAAAGUUCUACCAGUUGGAGCGUCAUUGGCACCGGAAGAAAUCCCGGUUUCGUUUCUAAACAUUUUCAAACAGAAAUUGAUAAAUUAGCUAUGUCAUCUAUGUCUGAUAAUACUCUGAAGACAUAUAAUAAUGGGCUUUCUUUAUAUAAGCAGUUCACAGAAGAGCUAAACAAAAAUCCUGCAUGGCCACCUUCGGUCGAAAGUGUGUUAGAAUUCAUUGCGUAUAUGUCUUUGGCGGGUUACUCAUUUAAAACUGUCAAUAGUUACAUAUCUGCUUUAAGUUUUCAGUGUAAACUUAAUGACUUCAUUGAUCCUACACAGCACUUCCUUGUGAGAAAAGUCUUAAAAGGUUACAUGAAGGUCAACAGGGUAACAGAUAUCAGAUUACCAAUUUCUUAUUCAAUAUUAAUUACUUUGUUAAAAAAUCUUCAUUUUGUGUGUACUUCAAGUUACGAGGCUAUCCUUUUUCAAGCCGCAUUUUGUUUGGCAUAUUUUGCAUUGUUACGAAUCAGUGAGUUUGUUCCAUCAAAUCCAAGAGAGUCAAAUAAGGUCAUCCAACUGUCAGAUGUUGAGGUAAAUCAAAUGCAAGUUUCAAUAAAAGUUAGGCACUCCAAAACUGAUCAGUUAAGUCAAGGUACUAGAUUAAUCAUCCCACAUUCUGGACAGGGAACAACAGUUAACUCUACUCUUUUGCAGUAUCUUGCAGUUAGACCUAAUAUUUCUUCUCAAUUUCUCUGUCAUUUUGAUGGAACAAACCUUACUUCAUA